AUGCUACUUCUUUUUCUUUUGCUAGGAAUUGCACUUGUAUUUGUUCCUAUCUCCUUUGUGUUCCUAUGGAUAAGGUAUAGAAGAGGUAAAAGAUCUCAUCAACGAGCUGAUUCAUUGUCUAUUGCAACAACAGAAAGAAUUACAUACUAUGAACUGCUCCAAGCAAUUGAUUCGCUUAGCAACAGUAAUCUGAUUGGUUCUGGAAGUUUUGGCUCUGUUUACAAAGGCAUUCUUAAGAGUGGGACUGCCAUUGCAGUUAAAGUGUUCCAUCUGCAACUGGAAGUGGCAUUCAAGAGUUUUGAUACAGAAUGUGAAGUUUUGCGUAGCCUUCGCCAUAGGAAUCUUGUGAAAGUCAUCACUAGUUGUUCCAACCUUGAUUUUAAGGCUUUAGUGCUCGAGUAUAUGCCUAAUGGAAGUCUUGACAAGUAUUUGUAUUCACACAACUACUUCCUAGACAUCAGGCAAAGACUAAGCAUUAUGAUAGAUGGUACAUGUGCGUUGGAAUAUUUCCAUCAUGGGUGCUCUUUACAUGUGAUUCAUUGUGAUCUAAAGCCUAGUAACGUCUUGCUGGAUGAGGAUAUGGUUGCCCACCUAAGCGACUUUGGUAUUUCAAAACUGCUUGGUGAAGAUGAGAUUGAUUUAUACACAAAAACCUUAGCAACAUUUGGUUAUAUAGCACCGGGGUCCGAGCACAAUGGGGCUCUCACCGUAUCUGGCGCCCCCUUCCAAGGAACUUGGGCCCGGUCUGCCACUGCGGACGCUUCUCCAGACUACAAUUCACACGACGGAGUCGACCGAUUCAAAGGCUGGGCUUUUCCCGGUUAA